GCGCCAGUUAAAGAAUUCUGCAAGCGGAGAGUUCCAAUGCUGAAAACGAUGAGCGCCAAGAAGGGAUUGGAAUUUCUGCGGGCCGUGUCCAGCUACAUGACCAAAACGAAUGGUUACGAUCGGUGCUUGCAGCAGCUCAAAAUGGUCAGCGGUGGCGACGGCAAGUGCACGGCGGAGUUCAAGGUCGCCGAGGAGCACCUCAACCGGGCCGGAGGAUUGCACGGUGGCUACACGGCCACCAUCGUCGAUGUCGUGACGACGUACGCCCUGAUGACGAAGGAGAACUGUCUGCCCGGUGUAUCGGUGGACAUUCACGUAACGUACCUGAAGGGGGCCCGCGAGGGGGACGACGUCGUGAUCGACGCGAACACCAUCCGGGCGGGAAGAAAUUUGGCAUUUUUGGAGUGCGAACUGCGCCACAAAAAGGACAACUCGAUCAUUGCGAGGGGCCAACACACCAAGUAUAUUGGCACGGGGAAGGCGAAGGAGUGAGAGGGGUUUAGAUUGAUUAGUCCUAUAUUUGGUGUUUAAAAUACAGUUUGGUAAGCUUA